GCCUCUGCCCCUUCUCAUGUUCCUAGCACUGGCAGUGGUAGUGGGAGUGUUAGCAUUGGACCUAGGAUUCGUAAAUCUAGGUUGGAUACCUUUUUUGCACCUCGCACUACUCCUGGGUCCCAACAGUCACUUGAGAGCAUGGGUUGGAACAAGGAGGUCCAUGAUGCUGCUAAAAUGGCAGUUGGCAGAUUUUGGAUCUAUGGCAGUAUUCCAUUCUUCACAGCCAGGUAAAUGUUUUAUGUUUGAUUGUUUUAAUUUUUAUAAUUUGAUUGUUCGUAUUAAUUUUUGUUGUAUAUAGUUCAUUAUACAUAGUACAUACUUAUCUCAUUAAAAUUAUUUGUGACAGGUCACCUUAUUGGCAAGAAAUGGUUGAUGCCCUUACCAUUUGUGGGGCGGGGUUCAAAGCCCCUUCUGAGUUUGAUUUGAGGGGACCCAUUUUGACUGAAUUGGUGAAUGAUGUGAAGAAAGAAUUGGGUGAUCAACGCCAAAUAUGGAGCACUAAAGGUUGCACCAUCAUGACUGAUGGUUGGACAGACAGGAGAAAUAGAACUCUCCUUAAUUUUCUUGUUUCUUCCGCAGGGGGCACCGUUUUCAUCAAGUCUAUUGAUGCCUCCGCCCAUUGCAAGAAUGCCACCUACCUAUGUGAGCAGAUAGAGGAGGUGAUUAAUGAGGUGGGUGAAGAGAACGUGGUACAGGUGGUGACUGACAAUGCACCAAAUUAUGUUGCUGCAGGCAGACUAUUGAUGGAGAGGCGCCCAUCUAUAGUUUGGACUCCAUGUGCCGCCCAUUGCAUUGACCUCAUGUUAGAGGAUAUUGGAAAACUUCCAUGGGUCAAGACAUGUGUAGAAAAGGCAAGAAAUGUGUGCAAAUUUGUAUAUAAUCAUUCGUGGGUGUUGGCUCUUAUGAGACAAUACACAGAGCAUAAGGAGUUAGCUCGUCCAGGAAUCACAAGAUUUGCCACAAACUUCAUCACAUUGCAGUCCAUGCUUCGUUGUAAGAUGGCCUUGAGACGUAUGAUUGUUGGUGAGGAGUGGUCUUCCUCAUCCUAUGCUGCCACCCCAGCAGGGAAAGAUAUGGCUGACUGCAUUUUUGAUGAGCGAGGCUUUUGGAGCCCUUGUGAUGAGAUAGUGAAGUUUGUUAAGCCCUUGGUGGUUUUGUUGCGAGUUGCGGAUGGAGAAAAGCCCGCAAUGGGCUACAUAUAUGAGGGCAUGGAUAGGGCGAAAGAGGGCAUCAAAUCUAUCUAUGCAGGAGAUGAGAGCAAGUAUGGUCCCAUUUGGCAGAUCAUUGAUAAGAGAUGGCAUCAUCAGCUUCAUAGGCCCAUCCAUGCAGCAGCCUAUUAUUUGAAUCCGGCAUUCCAUUUUAGCCCUACUUUCAGGGCUGAUGCGGAGGUCCUUGAUGGGCUAUAUUCAGUCAUGGAGAAGAUGGCACCUGUUGGUUGUACUCAGACAGAUCUUAUGCGAGAGCUAUAGUUGUUCUCAAAUGCACAAGGGGAGACCUUUUCUCGUCCUAUCGCCAAAGAAAGUAGGACAACUAUGAUGCCAGAUAAUUGGUGGAGCUUUUUUGGCCCAACGACACCAAAUCUUCAAAAGUUGGCCAUUCGCAUCUUGAGCCAACCAUGCAGUGCAUCUGGUUGUGAGCGCAAUUGGAGUAUGUUUGAGCACAUACACUCCAAGAGGCGCAAUAGAUUAUCCGUGGAGAAGAUGAAUGAUCUUAUCUUUGUUCACUACAACCUCCGCCUGAGAAUGAGAAAGAAUGCAUUAGCUGACAUCUCUCCUAUCAUUCUAGAUGAGGUUGAUCC